AAGCAGGCCACUAGAGACCGACUGAGCGACGCCAUGGCAGAGAAGGAGCUAAGCGCGGUGGUACUCCGGCUUCGCCAUAGUCUCUCUUCUUGCUGCAAAUCAAUCGAAGGAGGAGAAGAGGAAACCUCAGGCCUUCUUGAGGAGCUUGCGAGCUUUCUGGAUUCCAUUUCCGAGGCUGCAACCUCAGAACCUGAAAACGAAGAAGCGAGGAAGAAUGCGGUUGAACUACUCCUUGAGAUUCAGAGUUUUCUCGUCUCUUCUUCCACGCCAAACCAGGCGGUGGUCGACGCACUCUCGUUUGAAUUGCCAAAAGCAGUUUCAAAGUUCGCAGGGGUUUCAGAUAGGUGUUUGGAGAUUGCUGAUUCCAUUAUCGAUUGGUUUGUUGGUAGAUGUAAUCCACGGGACAUGAUCUGCAUUCUAUCUGAGGCAUUGGAUUCCUUGAGUACUAGCAGUGACCCUGGUUAUGCUGCUCCUCUCCUGACUGGGCUCUCGAAAGUAUUUGUUUCCAUUAAGCGGCAUCAUUUUAAGCAGGCAAAGUUGGCAGUUCCUGUUGUAUUGAAUGUCCUGAAAGUGGUAUCUGUUGAGUUAGCUGAUAGAGAUGCAGAGCGUGUACUACUAUUCAACAUAGCUUUGGCAAUGGCAGAUUCUAUAUGCGUAGUUAGUACGAAACUGGAUCGUGGAGAAUCUGAGGAACUUCAGUCUCUGAUGGGUUUGUUCAUAUUGCAAAUUAUGGCUCUUGUGUCAGCCAGUAUACCAUCUGAACAAUCAGGCUGCACUCCUCUGGUGUCAGAGAUUUGUAAACUUCUUCCACGGUGUGGCUUGACAUAUCUUGGUUUGAUAACUGAAUCCGAUGUCGAUGCCAAGAUCUCUAUUGUCACCAAAGAUAAAGAAGAUGACAUAAUGACCUCCUUUCCUGACAUGAGGCUGGGUGCGUCUCUAUCAGUCAUUUGGGGGGAUAUCUCCAACGAGAUAGCUGAGCAAGCUGGAGAGAAUAUGUCUGCUUUGAAGGAUAAGCUUCAACAUAACCAAGUUCAGAGGUGGGAAGCAAUAGGCAUGUUAAAACACAUAUUUUCUUCAGUUAUUCUUCCCUGGGAUAUUAAAAGGCAUACCGUGGAAUUCUUGCUUGGUAUUACUAAUGGAAGUUUCACACCGAAUUGCCAUAAUGAUGAACCAAUAACAGACUGUUCAAUCUACAUGCCUUCGUUGUUUGCUACAGCACAGGCAAUUACCAAGGUUAUCAUGCAUUCGCCUGAUUCCACACUAAGGAAAAAUUCUUUUGAAGCUCUGAAAAGGGUACUUGCAGAUACUCCCAUCCCUGAAAGGAUUGAUAUCCUACAAGCGUUGAUAACAAAUUCAGAUUCGUCCUCCAUGAUGUGGGCAAUAAUGUUUGAUUCUCUGAGCGCAUGCUGCUAUUCCAUACAGACUGCAAUCCUUUUAGAUCUUGUUAGAGGUGAAUUACGCAAGGAAACUCUCCCAAAAAAAUCAACAAACAGAGGAGAUGAAGCUGGUAAUCAUGGAAGUCCGACAGAAUCAGCUUGGACAGAGAGAAUCCUGGAAUUGGUGGAGCUAGUUCUAAGGCCGCCGCAUGGUGGACAACCAUCCUUUCCAGAACAUGGCGAAGCGGUUCUAGCUGCUCUCAACCUAUAUAGAUUUGUGCUAAUGAAAGAAUCAGCAGGUAAAACGAACAAGACGGGAGUAUUGUUCAGGAAGAAUCUGCUGAGGGUGUGCAACGAAUGGCUCGUUCCUCUUCGGACUAUUGUGAGCAGCACGAUGGCAGACCCAGAGAACGAUCCAGAUGAAGUUGCUGGCAUGCUUAAUCCAAUUGAGUUAGUCCUGUACCACUGUAUUGAGCUUGUUGAACAGAAUUUAUCAGCAAACCCGGAUUCACCUUAGGCUGUUGAGAAUAGUGUUAGACUUUGUUUAUUUGCUAGCACUUCUUGGUCUCCUUGUUCUUCCUAAUCAUCAAGUUAGCUAGACAAUGUCAUCUUUACUGCGAAGAGAUAUGUGUUGCCAAGAUUUUGCACUUAUGACGGUCACCGCCAACAAGUCCAGAUUGUAUGUUUUGAUUCACAUAUCAAUACAGUAUGAAUUCACCUG